UAGAGGCAGGAGGAGGCGGUCGCGGCGGGGACGCGGAGGCGCUCGGCAGCUGGCUUCUCCGUGCUCGUGGGCCUUGUUCGUCCCGCACCUCGUCUCUCCCUGGAAGGGGGGCUUCGACGCCGAGCAGGGGCCGCCGCCGCCGUAGUCCUGAGCUUGAAGUCGCUAGGACUUCUCUCAAACUUGGUGCGCUGAGGAGACUCAGAUGUUGGCCUUAGCGCCUAGGCUGAACUCAGCAGAUCGGCCCAUGAAAACUUAUGUAUUGAGACAAAGGAAAGGAUCUGUGAGAAAACAACAUCUAUUAUCUUGGGCCUGGCAGCAAGGAAGAGGCCAGGUCGUGGAAAUCCUGCAAUCUGAAAAGCAGACUGAAAGGUGACAAAGAAGCUGAAGAUGGGUGGUGGAGAGAGGUAUAACACUCCAGCCCCACAAUCUAGAAAUGUUAGUAAGAAUCAACAACAGCUUAAUAGACAGAAGACCAAGGACCAGAACUCCCAGAUGAAGAUUGUUCAUAAGAAAAAAGAGAGAGGACAUACUUAUAAUUCAUCAGCAGCUGCAUGGCAGGCCAUGCAAAAUGGGGGGAAGAACAAAAACUUUCCAAAUAAUCAAAAUUGGAACUCUAGCUUACCAAGUCCCACCUCAUUUUUUAAGUCUCAAACUAAUCAUCAGAACUACGCUGGAGCCAAAUUUAGUGAGCCACCAUCACCAAGUGUCUUGCCUAAGCCACCAAGCCACUGGGUUCCUGUUUCCUUUAAUCCUUCUGAUAAGGAAAUAAUGACAUUCCAACUUAAAACCUUACUUAAAGUCCAGGUAUAAAAUAAAUUACUAAUGUUAAAAGUUAGUUGUAUUUACAGGGUAGUUGUCAAUUGUUCGGUGACAAAUUCACUAGGGAAUUAAUCCGUAAAACUGGCUAAUGAAGAAAAUAUAAUUAGACUUAAUCUCCCUUAUUAAGUGUUGUACAUGCUGUGAUGUAAUGGUAGUUAUCAGUGCAACUGAAAAUGACUAAAUUACUGUUUUUGAUAUUAAGUAGUCUGAAUUGGGUAAAUCUUAAACCAUCAAGUUUAGAUUUCAGGAAUGAGAAGGGAAUUGUUUUUUUCUAUUCGAGAGAAAAUACUAAUUUAUCAUUCAUGGAUUAGAUUUACUUAUUGAAUGUUAGUGAACCUGAUUAGGAGUGCCUGAAAUACAGGGACUGAAAAUUAGUUGAAUAUUUUAAAGUUUAAUGCCUGUGUAGAAACAUCUAAACAAGUAAUAUGCCAACAACCCGAUGCACUGACAAAAGAAAAUGUGAAUUUUUCUAAAUAGUUGCAUUUUAAUGAACUGCAUGGUGGUGAUUAGUGGCUGUUUCUUACAUGCAGUGGGUAGGUACCUGCCAACAAAUACGUCAAACUAUUUUUUCUUUUUUAAAUAGAAACAGUAUUUGGUGGUCACUGAGUAGCUUAUGAAAUACAUUUUUGUAUUUAGCACUGCACAAGCUAUUCUAACAGUGAUCUGGUCUCAAAUCCUCCCUGCAAGGCUUGCUCAAAGUGGGGGUUUAUAAUGUGAAACUAAAGUACCUAAGGAAAGAGCCAUGUAAAUAUUUAUGUAGUAAACUUGUAGCAUAUAUAUAAAACUUUGUUGGCAUUUAUCCCACAAAAAUAGAAUAUUUUAGUAUGAAUUUGCUGAAUGUAAGACCAUCAACUCUUUUUUUUAAAGUAUUAUGGCCUAAUUUUAGAGGUCCAAAAUAAUUUGUUUUUAAAGUUUGCCCUUGUGCUCAAGUGCCAGUGUAUGUAUAAUUGAUCAGAUUGUAAUCUAUAUUUCAAAGUAAAUGCUAGCAUAAGCUUUAUGUAACAAGAUUUUAAGCUGUAAAACACUUCCUAUUUUUUAAGAGAUGUGAAAUGUAGUAUGGGGCUUUUAAUUUUUCUACCUUAAGUCCAAAGAUGAACUAUUAAAGGGUCCCUCCAACCUUAAAUAUGCAUUUUGACUUUGACUAGUUUUUGUAACCUGUGAGUAUAGUGAUGCCAGUGUAUACAUUUUUGUCAUCAGCGCAACCCAGGGACCACUGUGCAAAAGAUGUAAUUUCUUACCUAAUACCUUGAUAGCAUUAAAUGCUAAGUGUAACAGUUAACACAACAGCAAAAAAAAAAUUGGGUAUGAGUGGAAUCAAUUUAGAACUUCUCAGAACUUAUUUUCUAACUUGGCUGCUUUCUUGGUAUUUUUAAACAGAAUGCUAAGUCAUAGUUUUCCAAAUAAUUUCAGAUGACAUAAUACUGCCCAAGUCAAAUAAUGAGAGCCUAAAGACAAGUUAUAGAGUACUUAACAUACACAAUAUGAAUUUAAGCUUGAAAUUAAGAUUGCUUUUUCUUUGGCUUGUUUCUGUUUUAUAAAAGGUUAACACUGCCUAAUCUUACAUGCACAUAAUUAACCCAACUGAAACAUGACAAGACUGUUGGCUUUUAGGUAGACAUUUGGCUUAAACAGUUGUAUAAUUAACUGCUUUUGACUAUUCCUUCUCAGCAGGGCUAACAUUAAGACUACGGAACACUUUGGAAAUGUCAUAAAGCUUAUGAAUUCCUUUUGUGUCAAGGUCUAAACAAAGCUUAAUCAUGUAUCCCUCUUUUCGCCAUUCUAAGAUGAGUUAACACAAAAGAACUGCCUUGACAGAGGUCCUUGUUAAUUUUUACAAGGGGGCCUUUGGAGGAAUCCCAAGAACCACAGUUGCUUUUUUAAUAGUCCUGUGUGACUAAGGAGCAAGAUGUUUUAAAAAACAUUGUCAGGUGAUUGUGUCAUUGUGAGUGUAUUUACACAAACUAGGAUGGAUGGUGUAUAGCCUGUUGGAACCAUCAUUGAUAGAAACUCAUGCACGAUUGUAACUGAUCUAGAGGAAAUCAACACUUGGGUCUUAAUUUUUCCCCUGUUAUACUCCCAACAUGGUUUCUAUUAAAGGACUGCCAAAUUCUGUACUGCAUUGGAGUUACCAGGUAUAGUGGUUCUCUUACCACAAGGGAUGUAUGUUCCAAGACCCCCGUGGAUGCCUGGAAACCAACAAAUAACCAAACUAUGUAUACGAUUCACCCCCCCCCCACCCCGUACAUAUAUACCAAGUUUAUUAGGCACAUUAAGAUAUUAACAAUAAAAUGUAACAAUUAUAUAACAAUGUGCUGUUAUGUGAAUGUGGCCUCAAAAUCCUGUAUGUAGUAUUUUCAGACAGAUUGAUCGUGAGUAACUGAAACCCGUAAGAGUGGAACCAGAUGGGGUAUACUGUGAAUGUUCUAAGCUAGGUGUCUGUUGGUUUUUGACCAAAACUUAAAACAUGGGACUAACUAAAGUGGUUAAGUGUUCAGAGGGCUGAGGGGAGUAGAAAAAAGCCUUUUAACUAAAGUUUAACAGCUUCGGAUAAGUGAAACUUAAAGUUAACGAUAUCAAUGUCCUAUCUUAGAAAGGUACUUCAAAUAAAGAUAUGCUCAGCCUGCACAAAGUAUGGUGACAGGGAUUUCCCAAUUCAUUGUACUUGUGAGAACCAAAUGUUGGAGAACCUAUCCUCUAAGGGCUGAAGUCAGCCACAGUAAACCUUAAGUCAGUAUUUUAAAUUCGUCACAUAUUUUUGCUGGCAGUGUAUAGUAUGAUGGACUCAAGUUCAUAAUCUUAAAUUCUAGUACAUUCUGUUCUUUCCAAAAGCAAGCACAAGGUGGAAAAAAGUCAAAGUGUUUGAAAAGUUUUCCAGUGUUACCUUUAAUUGCAUUCUCAUUGGCAAUUACUUUGUAAAACAAGAGGGGCAGGGUACAGCUCUAAAACCUCUUUACACAAAUGAGGAAGUCUACCAAGUCACAAUUCUAUAAGGCAGCACUGUCUUAAAAAAAUAAGAUUUUUCUGACCCCUAGAUUAGUUUUUUACUUUACUCUCCAGCAUUGAGAAAGGUGACCUACAAAAACUAGACACAGGCCUUGACAAACUCCUCUGUCAAUUAUCAAUGAAAGGACUUACAUGCCCUGUUCUUUAUUCCAAAUAAAAAAGAACCAUCUUUAAAAGAUGAAAUUGUCUUAAAAUACAUAGAAACGAUACAAUAAACAACCAACAUUGUGGGGUGAGGGGGACUCAGAGGGAAAAAACCUAAAAGAAAAAUCCACAGCAACUAGCUAUUGUCUUAUAGAGGUCAAUAGCUGGAGACAAAUAGGUUUCAACUUAUCAACAGAAAGUUUAUUCCUGGGGCUUCUAAAAGCAUUCCUGAACCAUCAGUGUGUUGUCUCAAGUCCCCCUACCCUGCAAAUUCUCUCACGGGAAUACGCUCAAUACACAACAUAGUGAGACUGAAGUUUGGAGAGCCAGGUUGGAAAACUGUUGUGAGUCACAACAGUUGUGAGGUCUUGAGUGACCUUUAACCAACCUCUUUCUCAGUACAAAAUACUUCCAGUAUCAUUUUUAGGAAUCUAUUAAAUUUCCCCUUUAGAUUUCAUAUUUUAUCACUUUAUGAAAAUUAAGUUCUAAAAGUUCCAUUAUAUUAAAGAAAAAAAGGAUGGACCAAAUGAACAACUAUGGACAUUAGAAUCUGCCACUUUAUUUACUGUGUGAACUUGGAGAUACUUAAACAUUUUGAAUAAAAUGGGUAAAAAUACCUCUACCAUUUCAU